AUGAUUCCGAUAUUAAUUUUAUCGUUUUAUCGAAGCUUUGAUCUAAAUGUAAUAGCAUGUCCAUCGGGCUCAUGGAAUGCUACUGGAACAAGAGUAGCACGCGCUAAUCUUCCUGAAGAUGUAUUUAUUGAUAAUGACGGUAAUAUUUAUGUGCCAGACAAUUCCAAUAGUAUACAAAAAUGGUUACCUAAUGCCACAAAUUCGAUAACUGUAGCAGGUGGAAGUUUUGGUUCUGAUAUGAAUCAAUUAAAAAAUCCAAUCGGCAUUUUUGUACGUAAUAAUAAUUUAUACAUUGUUGACAAUGGUAAUUUUCGCGUACAAAAAUGGGCUUACGGUGCCACCAGUGGUGUUACAGUUGCUGGAGGAAAUUCAAAAGGAUCAGCACUCAAUCAAUUGAGUAAUUGUCGUGGUAUUUAUGUGGAUGAAAACGAAAAUGUAUACAUAGCGGAUAGAGACAAUAAUCGUGUAAUGAAAUGGAUGCCUGGUGCAACUGAGGGUAUUGUUGUUGCUGGUGGAAAUGGUGAAGGUCGUAAUUCAAAUCAAUUGACAUUUCCUCUGGGCAUAUAUUUAGACAACGAUGCUAAUAUUUAUAUAGCAGACUAUUAUAAUAAUCGUGUUCAAAUGUGGGCACAAGAUGCUAAAAACGGUAUAACAGUAGCAGGCGGAAAUGGAGGAGGUAGUGCUCCUAAUCAGUUAUCUUUACCAAUGACAGUUUCGGUUGACACACAAAAGAACGUUUAUGUCCUUGAUACCUUCAAUGAUCGUGUGCAAAAAUGGGCUUCAGGCGCAUCAAGUGGUAUUACAAUAAUAGGAAGUGAUGGGCGAGGUAGCCGCCCAAAUCAACUGCAAUCCCCAUUUGGAAUGAGAUUUGAUUCAAAUGGUAAUAUAUAUGUAGCAGAUACUUAUAAUUGGCGUAUACAAAAAUUUAGCUGCGACAGUAAUAUGAUAUGUAUCGUAGAGAGGAUCACAGAUACUCAUUGGGUCGAGAAAGAAUAA